AAACAGCAAACAAACUAAUUUCUCUUCAUUAUUCAAUGUUAAAGGUACACAUUUGUAAUUAGAUACAUGAUACACAAAGUGAUAUUAUGAGAUUAUAAGUAUAUAAAAUUCUGCCAGUCUCGAGAGGGGAAAUAUUGCUCAGCGGCAUCUGGGGAAACUUCCUGAAACCUUAGUGUUGCACAAAGAGGGAAGAAAUAGAAAAGUGAGGAGAGGAAGGGUCAGUUCAGAGCAGAAACACGGUGGAGAGAAGAGAGCCGGGGAACAAGACCGAAAGAGUGUAAACUUUGUCCUGUGGAGGGAGAGGCUGACUGUCAAGCAUUAAAUCAGGAUGUUUGUUCUCAUCUGGGUGACUCUGCUUUUCUCUGCGAGAGGCAGCAGCGCAGACACAGGUGCAUCAGUUCGGAGAAGACAAGACUGUCUAAAUGGAUUCUGUAUCACUCUUAGUGAAGGAGAAAUUAUAGCAGAGGCUGGACUCUGUGUUGUGAUACCGUGUUCUUUCACCACUGGUUAUGGCUUCACACCCCAACAUUUGGUUUGGUACAAAUGUGAACCAUCUAAACAAAGAUGUGUAGAUUCAGAUGUGAUAUUCCACACUAACAAGAACAACAAAAAGGUUCAGUCUGAGUUUAUAGGACGAGUGUCACUGUUGGAGCCUGACGUGAGUCAGAAGAACUGCAGCAUCAUCAUCACUGACCUCACUGAGUCAGACUCUGGAUCAUAUCAGCUCAGAGUUAAUGGUAUCAAGUAUGGGGGGGCAGAUGGAUUUACAUUCUCUCCAAGAACAACUGUCUCUGUUAAAGAUCUGAUCCAGAAGCCCACAGUGAUGAUUCCUCCUCUGACAGAGGGACAGCAGACCACACUGACCUGCACUGCUCCUGGUCUCUGCUCUGGAUCUGGUCCUGAAAUCACCUGGACGUGGAGAGGAACAGGAGAGAAUGACUCUGACAUCACAGGAAACAUCACUGCUUUCAACACUGAGAAUCCGACUGCUGUCACACAGAGACACAGCUCAACUUUGACCUUUAACUCUUCUGCUGAACACCACGGCACCAAUGUCACCUGUAAGGUGAGCUUUACAGGCGACAUGACUACAGAGGAGACAGUGAUUCUAAAUGUGACCUAUGUGAAGAAAGUUAAAAUCACUGGGAAUACAAGAAUGAAGGAGGGUGAGACUCUGAAUCUGACCUGCAGUGUUGAAAGUUUCCCUCCAUCUCUUAUCACAUGGACUAAAUUUUCUGAGAAAAACAUGCUAAAUGGAACAGAAAUUGAAAUGCAGAACAACACUGACACCUUCCUGCAGGAAGAAAGUGGAAUGGGCACCUUUUCCAUCUCUAAACUGACAGCAGAAGAUUCAGGACAGUACAUCUGCACAGCAAAACAUCUACACAACAUCCUGAUGGAAAAAGUUGAUGUAACAGUGAUGUAUAUUAAGAAACCUGUCAUCACUGGGGAUACAACUGUUGAGGAGGGAGAUACUCUGAAUCUCACCUGCAGCGUUGAAAGUUUUCCUCCAUCUCGUAUCACAUGGACUAAACUUGGUUCCAAGACAAACCUGCACAAUGGACUUGAUACUGACCUGCAGAACGACACUGGAACAUCCUCACUUGUCCUCCCUAAUGUGACGGUAAAACAUUCUGGCCAGUACAUCUGUACAGCAGAACACCUGGACACAACUGUGACUAUACAUGCUGACGUAACUGUGACUUGGUUUUCAAAGAUCUUAAAAAACUCUGGAUGUGAGGUUCAGUCGGAGGUCCUGACUUGUGUGUGUAUGAGUGAGGGGUUUCCUUUACCCACCAUUAAAUGGCCGCUGUUGAAGAACCACACUGAGUACUCUGUUAUUACCACUGUGUCAAACCACACAGUCAACAGCACCGUCACUCUAACUGUAAAAGACCACAGCAACACUGUUGAGUGUGUCAGCAGCAGCAACAACAACGGGGACGCAAAAGAGAACCUCACCAUCCAAAUAAACCCGUCGGGACUAGAGGAUCAGUCCAGAGAACAAUUAAAUAUUGUUUCAUGGCUAAAAAUCAUCAUUGCCUUUUUGAUUGGGGUACUUCUUUCAGCAAUCAUUUGCUGUUUGGCAAAUAAAUGCCACAGAAAAAAACAGAGCUUUGGAAAUCUGGAUCAGACUCUGGAGAUGGUGACUAGUCAAGAGGAUCCACUGAUAGAUGCUGAUCAAGCAGUGGAAGAUGAUCAGACCUACUACCAAGAGACAGCUGAAGGAGAAGGAGCUGUGGCAGCAGGGAACGCAGCCCGUGAUCUCGAUGGUGGACUAAAAGAUGUGGAGUACGCCAGCAUUGAUUUCUCUGUGUUGAAAAGAAAGAGUCAUAGGGAGGCAACAAAGACUCAAGAGACCACAGAGACGGAGUACGCUGAAAUUAAGAAAGUAGUAAAAGAGGAAAGAGAAGACAACAACGGAGAGGAAGGUGAAGAGUUGGAGGGUGAAGAGGAGGAAGUGAUGAUAGAGGAUGAGGAGACAGAACAUUGUGUCCCAGAAGGGGAGGAAGGGGAGGACAUGGCAGUGUACUCCAAUAUGAAGGAUGUAAUGGGGGAGAUUUGGAAAAGUUGUCCUGUGAAGAGACGAGUUAGGAUGUUUGUUCUCAUCUGGGUGACUCUGCUGUUCUCUGUGAGAGGCAGCAAUGCUUCCAAAGGAAACAUCACUGCUUUCAAUACUGAGAAUCAGACUUCAGCUGAACUCCACGGCACCAAUGUCACCUGUAAGGUCAGCUUCAACAACAUCACUACAGAGGAGACAGUGACUCUGAAUAAUAAUAAGGAAUUGUUUGGUCAGACAAAUUCUAUAAUAGUUUGUCUAAAAUUUUAUCUGAAAGAUGUGAAGAAACCUGUAAUCUCUGGAAUGACAACUGUUAAAGAGGAUGAUGCUCUAAAUCUGACCUGCAGUAUUCAAAGUUUCUGCCCAUCUGUUCUCACAUGGACUAAACUUGGUUCCAACAAAAACCAAAAAGAAACCAGAAUCAUCUCGCAGAACAACACUGGAUCAGUCACUAUUGUCAUCCAUAAUGUGACGGUAGAACAUUCUGGACAGUACAUAUGUACAGCAAAACACCAGAUCACUACUCUGACUUGUAUUUUAUUGUAUGUAUGUAAUUGGCAUGCACUCUACGUAAAAAAACAGAAGAGCUCUGAAAAUGUGGCUGAGACUCUGGAAAUGGUGACUACUCAAGCAGUUCCACUGAUUGAUGCUGUUCAAGCAGUGGAAAAUGAUGGGACCCACGACCAAGAGGCAGCUGAAGGAGGAGCUGAGGCUGCUGGGCCAUCAGCCCACGUGGAACCAAAAGAGGUGGAAUACUCUGACAUUGACUUCUUCAUGUUGAAAAGGAAGAGUGCCACAGAGACACAAGAGACCACAGAGACAGAGUAUGCUGAAAUUAAGAAACAAGAUGAAGAGGAGAGACAAGACGAUGGCGGAGAGGACGGUGAAAUGUUGGAGGGCAAUGAAGAGGAGGAGGUGAUAAAAGGGGAAGAUAAGGAGACAAAACAGUGUAUGUCUGCAGAGGAGGAGGGAGGUCAGCUGUGGAGAUGUUUCUGGUUUGAUCAACCAAACUUCCUGUAUGUUUAUUGCAAAUUUUAUAUAAAGAGUUUGUCCUGUGGAUGGAGAGACUGUCUCAAUCAUCAAAGUAGGAUGUUUGUUCUCAUCUGGGUGACUCUCCUCUUCAAUGUGAGAAGCGACACAGCUAACACAGUUGCACCUCCAGGGGAAACAGAGCACUGUCAAAAUGGAUUCUGUGUCACUCCUAGUGAAGCAGAAAUAACAAUAGAGGCUGGACUCUGUGUUGUGAUACCCUGUUAUUUUACCACUGAUCCUGACUUUCGUUUGGAAAGUGCAGUUUGGUACAAAUGUGAUCCUUCUAAACUGAAGAACUGUACUGAUUCUGACAUAAUACUCCACUUGAACAAAACCAACCCAAAGGCUCAGUCCGGGCUUAGACGAGUGUCACUGUUGGAGCCUGAUCUGAGUCAGAGGAACUGCAGCAUCAUCAUCAAUGACCUCAACAUAUCGGACUCUGGAUCAUAUCAACUCAGAGUUAAUGUUAUCCUGAAUGGAACAACCAAAGAAUACACAUCUCAUAGAGCAACUAUUACUGUAAAAGAUCAGAGUUGGAAGCCCACAGUGAUGAUUCCUCCUCUGGCAGAGGGACAGCAGACCACACUGACCUGCACUGCUCCUGGUCUCUGCUCUGGAUCUGAUCCUAAAAUCACCUGGACGUGGAAAGGAAAAGGAGAGAAUGACUCUCACAUCACAGGAAACAUCACAGCCAAUCAGGGACAAAGCUCAACUUUCACCUUUGACUCUUCAGUCAUACACCAUGGUACAGAGGUCACCUGUAAGGUCAGCUUCACAGGUGGCACGACUACAGAGGAGACGGUGACUCUGAAUGUGACCUAUGUCAAGAAACCUGAAAUCACUGGAAAGACAACUAUAAAGCAGGGUGAUGCUCUAAAUCUGACCUGCAGUGUUGACAGUUUCCCUCCAUCUGUUAUCAUGUGGACUAAACUCGGCUUAAACAAAAACCUGAACAGUGAAACUGAAACUUACCUGCAUAAUGACACCGGAACGGCCACACUUGUCAUCCCUAACAUGACAGCAGAAUAUCCUGGACAAUACCUCUGUACAGCAAAACAUCUAAACAACACCCUGACAGAAGAAGUAAACAUAACAGUAAUAUUGUAUCCAAAGAUCCUAAACAGCUCUAGAUGCAUAAAUCAGUCAGAGGUUCUGACCUGUAUGUGUAUCAGUGAGGGGUUUCCCUUGCCUACCAUCAAAUGGCCACUGUUGAAGAACCACACUGAGUACUCUGGCAUUACCAUUGUGUCAAACUACACAGUCAACAGCACCGUCAUCCUAACUGUAAAGGACCACAGUAACACUGUUGUUGAAUGUGUUAGCACCAAUAAAAAUGGAGAAGUAAAAGGGAACCUCAUCAUAAACAAAGCAGAAGAAGAAGAAGGUCAAGCCAUGAAAUUGUUAAGAAUUGCGACACAGCUGGAAGUUAUCAUUGCAUUUUUCAUUGGCGCUCUUAUUUCUGCAACUGUUUGCUGUUUGGCGAGAAAAUGCCACAGAAAAAAGAAGAGGACCUAUGGAAAUCUGGCUCUGGAGAUGGUGACAAGUCACGAGGAUUCACUGAUAGAUGCUGGUCAAGCAGUGGAAAAUGAUCAGGCCAUGGACCAAGAGGCAGCUGAAGGAGGAGGAGCUGUGGCAGCAGGACAAUCAGACGUGGAGUACUCCAACCUUGAUUUCUCCCUGAUGAAAAGACAGAAUGCAGCAGAGGCAGGGACGACACAAGGGUCCACAGAGACAGAGUACGCUGAAAUUAAAAGAGGAGAAGCAGAGGCUAGACAAGAUGGAGAGGGCAAAGAGGAAGAGGAGAUGAUAGGUGAGGAUGAGAAGACAAAACAUUGUGUACCAGAUGAGAAGGAAGGUGAGGAUGUGGCGCUGUAUUCCAAUGUGAAGGAUAUAAUGUGAUAUAAGGAGAGUGUUAGGUAUUUGAGGAUAAAGUUACUUCUGUAAUUUGUUCUGAUGUGAUGGCUUCUUGCUGUUGUGUGUAAUUGUCCUGUGUGCAGUUUCUGCAAUGGCACUGUGAUUUUCAAAAGUUAAACUGAGCCUGCAGUAAGCCUCAAAUGAUAGAGACAUUGUUUGGCAUAAUGUAGGCCUAGUACAUGUCAUAUGGUGAACCAUCUCUGUAGCAGCACAGACCACUGUACAGUAGUUUAUAAAAGGUUGUAUUAGAAAAUAUUUUUUAUUAGUCACUGCAGAGAAAUGUGUUUGGGACCAACAAGAGUCGAAUGACAUUGUUACCACAACAGCCAGCCCAUUCUCAUUCCCAGGGCAUCAAAUACCGACAGACAAACCCAGGAUUUCCACCCACUAGACUAGGCUUCUUGUCCUGUGUGAAACCAAAAGUAAACUCGACUUUACAGUUUUAAGCUACGUUACAUGUCACGUGACUUCCUACUCCUUAACCCAGGGUUUUUUUCCCCUAAAUCUAACCACACUUGAGUGUAUCAUCCUUUCUGAAGGCUUGUUCUACGCUCGAGCUGAAAGCACUGCAACAUGGACCAGCAAUGAAGUUUCUAGUAAGAAGAUUUAUUUUUGUGUGUUUUCUGUCAGGAUGCUCAGCAGAGCUUGCAGUAAAGAAACAUCCAAAUAUCACAAUAUAAAACGUGUGUGUUCUGCUUAAAAAGUAGGCAUACAAACGUAACUAGUUAGCAAGUACUCACCCAGCUUUUACUUGAGUGGUUAACCUUUCCAGUCUGAUCUCGAGCGCACAGCUGAUAGGUUCAUGGUCUGUUUACAAUGACAACAGAUGUGCAUAUUUAACAGAUUUGGUGUGGACAGAGCGUCCGAUGUUACCGAUGCGCUGCCAUAGUCGGGCGCUCGAAUAUGGAAAGCCCAAAGUGCCAUUAAACCCCUCUAUUUCUUCACGAUUUACAUUAAACCACAGUUUUUCACUCCGUUUUAUUCGUCAAAAACGCCGCCUGAUGCUUUAGUGAACUGCCUUAAAAAGCCGCUUUUCACACCAUAAAAGUGAAUAACGCCGCUUUUACUGCUCUAGUGGUUUACAUUAAAACGCCUUUUUUCACAAAGGGGUUUUUCCUUAUGAUAAUGAGCCCUUCCUUCUGUUUUGCUUAACUAGUAAGUUUAAAGUUUCUUUAACCAAUCAAUGAAAAGUGCCUGCCAUUGUUAUGCUGUAGAUCUGUGUUGUCUUUGUGAAUUGUACAGUAUUUUUUCCAUAUUCAGAGGAUUAAAUAUUGAUUUGCGAAUGUAA